GAAGGAGCCCAUGGAGGCGCUGAACACGGCGCAGGGCGCGCGCGACUUCAUCUACAGCCUGCACUCCACCGAGAGGAGCUGCCUGCUCAAGGAGCUGCACCGCUUCGAGUCCAUUGCCAUCGCCCAAGCAUGCAGAUAUCCCAAACCUGAGAUUGCCAUUGUGAAGCAAGCAAAGGAGGUAUCCUCAGCAGAGACCCCUGAUAGUUUUGGUAUUUCAAGAUGUUCCAGUCAACUGACAAGGACUUCUCCUCACAGUGUCAGAACUGUAGUGAUGAUGAGAGUAAUGCAACUAGCAAAUAGUUCUGAAAAAUUGGAAGCUCCACCACCCACCCCAGGACAGCUGAGAUAUGUAUUCAUCCACAAUGCGAUACCUUUCAUAGGGUUUGGCUUUUUGGAUAAUGCAAUUAUGAUUGUUGCAGGAACCCAAAUUGAAAUGUCUAUUGGAAUUAUUUUGGGAAUUUCAACUAUGGCAGCUGCUGCUUUGGGAAAUCUUGUGUCAGAUUUAGCUGGACUUGGACUUGCAGGCUACGUUGAAGCUUUGGCUUCCAGGUUAGGCUUAUCAAUUCCUGAUCUCACACCAAAACAAGUUGACAUGUGGCAAACACGUCUUAGUACACAUUUGGGCAAAGCUGUUGGGGUGACUAUUGGCUGCAUUCUAGGAAUGUUUCCUUUGCUUUUCCUUGGAGGAGGUGAAGAAGAUGAAAAACUGGAAACGAAAAAUUAACCCUCUUAGAAUACCUAUAAAAAGAUGUAAACUAAUGUACCUCAAUUAUUAAAUAUGCUGUCACAACGUUUAGGAAUUAAGACAGUUAACAGUGUAUAGAUAUGGGAUCAAAUAAUUCAGCAUGUAUUAUGGAAAACACUAACUUAUUGUGGCUUGGUUUUCUUAGGACAUCUUUUUAAAAACACUGUUUACUAUCAUUUUGUGUAAAUUGUUGAAAUGCUUGUUCAUCAGUGGCGGUCAAGAUUUUACCUUUUCCUUCUCUUUCUUUAUAUAUCAAAAUAUCAUUUAAGUAUCAGUCAUUGAUGUACUGUACUGACUUGGGGUUUGCUUAUUUGUCACUUAACAUGUGUACAUGCAUGAAAGCAUUUUUUGUUGUUGCUGUUGUUGUUGUUAUUCCCUAUAGUUACAAUUCAACCUUAAGAUUUUUUCCAAAUUACUUAAGAUGUUUAAUACCAGUUAAAGAUUUUUUUUGGCACCAUCAAUUUUGUACUGGUUCACAGUAAACAUUUACAAUCAUAU